CCUCCGAGCGCCAGCCAACAUAAGAAACACGCUGGCCCACUCUUCACAGGGCACCACACACAGCUUUACAUCGAGAACACACAGACAACAACCAAGUACUCAAACUUACUUACUCGAAAGCUACCCACCAUCACAACAACUAUCCAUUACAUUGACUUCUCGGCCAACCUGCACGCUCGGAUCACCUUCCACCCAUUGGCUACUACUGCAUCCAGGCAUUUAUAUUUCUGCCUAACACCACAAAGAUGCCUUCCUCAUCACAUCUCCGCAUACAAACUGCCUUUGAACCCGUCUCGGCUGAGACUGCCCGCUCCCACUUUGUCUCUUCACCACCACAGAAGAAGCAAAAGAUGUCUUUGACCCAAACCUACUACAUCGCCGCCUCCGCCCGCUCCAAGCUGGGCAAGGAGGCCUGCCGGGCUGACCACGACCUCCGCCUCCUUGUUGGUCACGCAAAUCUCCUCGACAGCCUCAUGGUCGAGCUUCAAGAUGCUGAACGCCAGCAAGAAGCCUGGUUCAACCAGACCAUGGCCAAGGCCUCCAAGGCUGAGGAACCUCGACACAUCCAGUGGGCCGACAGCAUUGCUGAAGAGGCCGAGGACUACUCUGAUUCCGACUCUGAUUCCGAGUGCGAGGACGACUUCGACAUGGUCACACUGCCCCGCCGCAUUACCCAAGCACCAGUUCAGAUCACCACUAUGGAGAUUGAGGAGGAUGACGAGGAGGAAUUCUACGACGACAUGGAGGACGAUUCAGAACUUGCCCUCACCCGGGUACCCUCGCAAUCACAAUCACCACCGGAGCUCGUUUACGAAGAAGACUCGGACGACGAGUCGCCUCUCGCUUCGCCUCCACAGUCGACUCUCAACUUCUCCGACAAAGAAGCCAUGCUCACCACAUCCUACUACAACGCAAAGUCGCAAUCACAAUAUCUAGAAGACGACCAUCCGCUGUUCAUGGAUACGACUGCUCCGCUCAUCUCAAGUUAUUAGGCCAGCACACGAAUCUGUUCCGACCUUUUGAUUUUUGAUCACCAUCUUAGCGAGCGAGUCCUUUUCAGCAUGGCGCAUUUGGGAGCAUUAUACCUCAUACUUUUAUUGUUAUUAUUUAUUGGCGCAAACCGCAGCGCGGUCAACGGGAAUUACGAAGAGCACUCGACAGCAACUCUACUCAGGGAACGGGAUACGAAGAAGGAGACACGGGAAUUUGGACAUUUGGACCAGCGGUUUGAGCUCUCCCACUUCUUUGGUUGAGACUCCCGCCUUAGCUAGGAAAUCAAAUAUCAUCAUUACACCCAA